AUGUGGAACUUGACUGUGUUCUUAAGCACUUUGACUCCAAAAUUCUAUUUUGCCCUUACAGUGACUUCGUCUUUUAUAUCUGGACUGAUAUUUGUGUUUGAGUGGUGGCAUUUCCGAAAAUACGGCACGUCUUUCAUUGAGCAGGUUUCUGUGAGUCAUUUGAGGCCCCUCAUCGGUGGCGUAGAAAACAGCCCUCCAGCACCAGCAGCGUUCUCGGCUGGAGAGAAUGAGACAAGCAGACAGAACAUGCCAGAGUGCAAAGUGUGGCGAAAUCCUCUCAAUCUUUUCAGAGGGGCAGAGUACAGCAGAUAUAUGUGGGUGACUGGGAAGGAGCCUCUUACAUACUACGACAUGAAUUUGUCUGCUCAAGAUCAUCAAAACUUUUUCACAUGUGAUACAGAUGCCCUUCGGCCUUCAGAUACAGUUAUGCAGAAAGCAUGGCGAGAGAGAAACCCUCAAGCCCGGAUUAAAGCAGCAUAUCAAGCUUUAGAGUUGAACAAUGAUUGUGCCACUGCAUAUGUCCUCCUGGCUGAGGAAGAAGCAACAACUAUUGUAGAUGCUGAGAAGUAUUUCAAGCAGGCUCUGAAAGCAGGAGAAAUGAUUUACAGAAAGUCUCAGAACUGCCAUUCCCAAAGUCCCCAGCACGAAGCACAGCUGCGAAGAGACACCAAUGUAUUGGUAUAUGUGAAAAGGAGACUAGCUAUGUGUGCAAGAAAACUUGGAAGAAUACGAGAAGCAGUAAAAAUGAUGAGAGAUUUGAUGAAAGAGUUUCCACUUCUCAGCAUGCUGAAUAUUCAUGAAAACCUCCUGGAGGCACUGCUGGAGUUACAGGCUUACGCAGAUGUCCAGGCAGUUUUAGCGAAGUAUGAUGAUAUCAGUCUUCCAAAAUCAGCAGCAAUAUGUUACACAGCAGCCCUGUUAAAAGCCAGAGCCGUUUCAGAAAGGUUCUCCCCAGAAACUGCCUCCAAAAGAGGGCUCAGUACAGCAGAGAUUAAUGCUGUGGAAGCAAUUCACAGAGCUGUGGAAUUUAACCCUCAUGUUCCAAAGUAUUUACUAGAAAUGAAAAGUUUAGUGCUACCUCCAGAGCAUAUUCUGAAACGAGGGGACAGUGAGGCAGUAGCAUAUGCUUUUUUUCACCUCCAGCACUGGAAGAGGAUAGAAGGGGCUCUAAAUCUGCUACACUGUACAUGGGAAGGCACAUUUAGGAUGAUCCCGUACCCAUUAGAGAAAGGUCAUCUUUUCUAUCCCUAUCCGAGUUGCACAGAAACAGCAGACAGAGAACUGUUGCCAACAUUUCACGAAGUCUCCGUUUACCCACAGAAGGAACUUCCCUUUUUUAUCCAUUUCACAGCAGGCCUAUGUUCAUUUUCGGCAAUGCUCGCCCUCCUCACGCACCAGUUCCCUGAGCUGAUGGUCAUUUUUGCUAAAGCUGUGCUGCGGGUGCUGUGGCCUGUGAGUGCUCCCAGCGUUCUGGCCUCCAGCUGAGUGGACCACGCCGGGGGGCACGGGGGUGCUUUGGGACUCUUCACCCUUCAGCUUCAUUAUGGAAAACAUCGAGGUCUUCCUGCUGUCCAGUCUCUGGUAUCAGUCAACUCCAGUGUGACUGGAGUGUGCUUUCCGUGAUGGUUAGAUUUCAUUGUUCGCACGAGCCUCACCGCCAGUGGUUAGCUGACCCCUAGAUGUGGGGGGCAAGGAAGAAAGCUGUGCUAUUCAAACUGGUAUCUUUGACAGGCUUCCAUGUCGGUAAUGGUGCCUAACAUACGAAUUUCUUCUUUGGCCUUAGUCUGUAAUAAUCUAAGAAAAUAUUUUUUGUUGAGCAAUACCUUAUUGCUCUCUUAAUCAGUUGUACAACUGGAAGCUAAUACUUCCUCUGUAAGGAAGGAGAGGACACAAACUGAGCAGAUGUUUGGAGUAUUGACACUUCCUUCUCAGCUGCAGAUGCACCAGAUAAUUGGCUUGGAUUUAAUUUUAUAAGCCUUUUUCAAAAUAUUUGUUAACAGCAAAGUAUGGUUCUGCUUUCCUUAUUAAAAGGUUGCUUCU